UGCUUUUAUCAAGGGACUUACAACUUCACUUGUAAGAAAUUGUACUGAGGUACAAAAUGGAUUGGGUGAUCUAUUUGACAACUACCAAGAUGAGUAAUAAAGCACUAAUAAUUGCAGUGUUAAUUUUAGUAUUAUGUAGCACAACUAGUCAAACAACAUCAGCGACAAUAACACCAGCAUCAACAACUCCAGCUGAAUCUACAACUGCAACUCCACUUCCAACUACUGGCUCUUCUACAGAAAUGACACAAACAACUGAACCUACAACUGUGGUUACGACAAACUCACCUACAACUGAACCUCCACUUCCAACUACUGCCUCUUCUACAGAAACGACACAAACAACUGUGGUUACGACAAACUCACCUACAACUGCAACUCCACUUCCAACUACUGCCUCUUCUACAGAAACAACACGAAUAACUGAACCUACAACUGUGGUUACAACAAACUCAACAACAUCCAUACCUACAACAAAUACAGCCCAAUCUACAACCCUGGUUACAACAAUUGCACCAACAACAGCAACUGUACUUACAUCUACAGCCCCUCUUACAACCCCAAAAACAACAGUUCAACCUACAACCACAACACGGGCUCCAAUAAUUACAAUUCUACAAACCACUCCAGAUACAACAAUUCAACCUACAAUAACCACAGCUACAACAACCCCAAGCACAACCCAGUCAGUUCUUUUUAGUUUCUCCAGCAAUGAAACUUUUGUGGAUGAUCUCUCAAAUCCAGAUUCAGACGCAUUUAACACCAGAAAAAACAACGUCUCAAAUGUGUUGAAACCAUUAUUUAGAAAGGAAUUCUCCUCCUUCAUUGGACUGGACGUUAUUAAGUUCCGUCGUGGGUCAAUCAUCACUGACAUUAAUGUGACAUUUGCAACCCAAUUGCCCAAUACCGAGGACAUAACAAGCACUAUUUUGGAAGCUAAAACCACUCUUUUCAUCACCAGUGUAACACUAACGGAGCCCACCACCACAACUGCCAAAGCCACUACAACCAGCACCACUACAACUACAGCCACACCUACCACAACUACAACCACACCUAAUCCAACAACAACCGCCAACCUUAAUACAACUACAACCACACCUAAUACAACAACAACCGCCAACCUUAAUACAACUACAACCACACCUAAUACAACAACCGCCAACCUUAAUACAACAACUACAACCACACCUAAUACAACAACAACCGCCAACCUUAAUACAACAACAACAACCACACCUAAUACAACAACAACCGCCACAACAACAACAACAACAACAACAACAACAACUCCAACUACGACAACAACCACCACCACCACCACUACAACAGCAGCACCAGCACGUCCUCUGCCAACUGUAGCCAUACAGAUUGUCAUUAUAGAGGUUUUUACUCAAGCACUGGAGGACCCGAAAUCUACGGAAUUUAAAAUCCUAGCCACAAAAGUGGAGACUAUGUUUGAUGAAGUCUAUAAAAAAAAGUUUGGGCCUCGUUUCAUCAGGACCAUUGUGAUUGCAUUCAUUGGUGUUUCCAGAACCCGGGAAGGAUUAAAUGUACAGGCGGAGGUUCAGUUGGUGUUCAGUGAAGCGUCCACUGAACCGAUCCCCAGCAACGCUGACAUUGUGCAGACUCUAAAAGAAGCAGCUGCUAAUUCAACGGCAGGCUUCAACCUCACACUUGAUGCCACCUCUAUUACUGUCAUUAAAUCAGUGCAGAUAAUUCCGCUGACAAUCCUCACCAAUGGAACCUUUGUGGCUGCUCUUUCAAAUAAAAGUUCUACUGAAUUUCAGACCAGGGCUUCGAUGAUAAAAGCAGGGCUCGAACCGUUUUUCCUCGCUGAUUACCCUAAAUCAUUCAGCACCAUAUCUGUAACAGACUUCAGUGAUGCCAGUGUAAAAUUACGGAGCGUGCCCACAAUCCGAAACUCCAUGGAUCUUGUAUUUGGAGCGGACGCCGUUCUACCUAAUAGCACCCAGAUAGUGAACACUGUAGUUCGAGCAACUAGAAACAACACGUUACCCUUCCAGAUCUUCACUUCUUCAAUCAUAAUAAAUGGAACCGAACAUUCGGCAGGUGAAGUCAGCAGCAGGAUCAGUGUGUUGACCGCUUCAGUUCUGGUUGCUGUGUCGCUUCUGGUUCCACGGUUUAACUGAACGUAUCCACUCAUGCCAAUAUAACUGAUUCAGACAGGUCUGAAUCUUUCCUUCAGCUCAAGUGAAGGACUCAAAUGAAGCUACUGAUGCUACGUAAUGAGUAGUAAUGAAAGUAAUAUUUUAUAUAAUCCUAUUCUGAACACUUCAAACUAGAUCUAAGUUAUAAUGGAUUCCAUAUUGGUUCUGGAUCUGUAUGUACCUGCAUGUUUUGGUACAUUUUCUCCCUUCAGAAUCCAUCAUCAUGCGCAGAGGGAAAAGGUUGAUUUAAAAUGUUUGAUCUCUUUAGACGAUUCCACUUUAUUAUUGAAAUAUCAAAUUCUAAUGGUUGUCUCAUACACACAUACUUGUAGCCCUUUUGAAAUGCAGCAUAGCUUCUCCGAACGUAAGCCAUGCAUUGGAACAUGUUAAAGGUCUUUUUUAUGCUGGCUGACUCUGAACAGUCUGGAAAAGGUUUUGAUGAGCGAAAGGAUGAAGUGUUUCAAUGCGAAUGAAACCUGUAAAACAACUUGAAAGAAUGACAAAUAGCUACAGGACAUGACAUCAGUCUAGGGGAGAAACUUGGUCUGAGAUUAUUACAUAUUAACACGAAAACCUGUACAGAAACCACCACCACAACAACAAAUUUCAUGCACUUGUAUCAUAUCAGUAUUUUCUAAAUUAUUUAUUCUAGAAAAAAAUCUAUCUAAUAUUUCCUAAGUUAAUUUAAUUCUGAACUCAAAUUGCGGAUUUUCUGAAAAAUGUAUUGCUUGUUGAUAUUGUUCACACUGGAUGUGGUAAACAAUAUGAUGGUUGCCAAGAGCACAAGUGAAAAGAUCAUAGAAAACAGUGAGUAUAUACAAACACUGUUAGAUAUUAAACCAUAUGAAUAAACACAAGAUAUGCUUCAA